AUGACAUUUCGAAACCGCGUUCUUUACUUCUGUUUGCUCAAUAUUUGGAUACUUGCUUGCGCCUUAAACGAUAGCCAUGUUCCUCCUUGCUAUGAAUGUGCCGGAAAUGAUUUGGUCAAAGAGUUAGAAUACAUUCCGCCUGCUGUUCAGUGCCCUGGGCAGUGCAAAUGUUGGGAGAGUAACGGUACGAAGGUCAAACCCGAAUGUCCGAUAGGUGUCCCAACCAUUCUAGAUGGAUGUAAUUGUUGUUGGAUCUGCGCUCGACAGUCCGGUGAACUGUGCUCACAACAAUUCUUAUGUGAUUCAUCGCAGCAACUGGAUUGCUUCUACGAACCGAAAGCAAAGACGCGAGGGAACCUUGUAGAGACUCAGUUUACGCAAAGCCCGACCAAACACCGAAGACAGUUAACUGUGGUUCCACCGACAGCCGAUGCGAUCGGAACAUGUUGGAAAACUACCGGUCGACCGUGUUUCAUCAACGGUACUAUUCUGGCUCACAGCGGCAUUCAACGUACCGGUUGUCGUCACCAGUGCAUGUGUGUGGAUGGUCGGUUAAUUUGUGUGGACUUGUGUUUGCAACAAGAAAUGACCGAGCGCCCGCCGGAGUUCGUGUGUUCCCGUUUAGCAGCUGAGGACAGAGUUCCGAUGCAACUGCGAUUACUACCAGCAACGGGAGGUGAAUGCUGUCGCCGAUGGGUGUGCGUUCCCUCGAUGGAAGAUGAGAUGCCAACCGAUUUACCAGUGAGUUGGAACGACUCAUCACAGGACUCUCAACCUCUUCAGAUGAAUUUCAACUCAGACGAUUUGUGCACAGAAGCUCGGCAUCACAUUUCACCAUGGAGUGUUUGUAAUCAACAGUGCGGCCUCGGAGUUUCCAGUCGUUGGACUACGGAUACUCCGGAUUGCCGAAAUAUAACCCAGCUACGAUUAUGCUUUUGGCGACCUUGUCGAGCUGUCAACGUGGUCAAUUCAGCUCAGUUUGUCCCGACGUUGAAGUUCAUCAGACCAGGUUAUCUGAGAUUCACCACUCUGAAUGCAGACGCUACCGGCCUUGCGGAAUUGUCCCAUAUGUUCACACCACCUCCGACGCAUACGCAUUCGCUAACAAAUGUGAGCCCACCGGCGGUUUGUCAACUGGAUCGUGCAUUUCGACCACGAUUCUGCAAUCGGCUGCCGUCGGAGAACACAUGCUGUUGGCCCAGUCGAACGACGACCAGGCGUCUUCGCUUCCGCUGUACAGGAGGGCAGACUGUUUAUCAUCUCUUCGAGUGGAUUCACGCGUGCGUGUGUCAGAGGAAGAACUGCAAUGCAAUUUUUGCUACUGGUGUCACUCCGCAGGAUUCCAAAUCCGAAGCAACUUAA